AUGUCAGCCGCUCUCUACCUUACGUUCCAGCACCUCCUGACCAGUGCAGCACUCCAGCUUCUGACCUGUAGCUUAUCUUGGAGCUUAAAUGCAACACUGGCACCUCUGCUCCACGUGAUAGUAAAUGGCGAAAGGAAGACCCUGGUAAUUUGUCUGGUGAACGAUCUCUCCGAGGAAGCACUGGGGGCUGUUCGGUUUUCCAACGGAAAUGGGAGCAUGCUGGAGUCUUUCACCUAUGGGAUUUCUCGGGAAGACGAUGGAACUUUCAGCAGUAUCUCUCAACUCUCCAUCAGCACCAAAGAAUUUGGAUCAUGGAGUACAGUCGCUUGCUACGUCGCACCAAAUGAAACUUCAAAGACAUGGAGCACUACCUCCCUUCAACUCUCAGAAGAAAAUAUGGGAGAUCUCUGCCUGAGUGAAAAGCCAGGAGCCCAAGAAGAAUCAUUGUUCACUGAAGAUCUGCAUAGCCGCUCACAGAUCUUACUUCUUCUGGCUAUCAGAAUUUUGCUGUUCAAGUUGCUCCUGUUUGAUGUGUUGAUGACCUGCUGCAUUGUUUACAAGAGGUAA